AGGGACGUGUGGGAGUGUGUACGGAAAGAGGCGGAAGCGCCGCGGAGCCGCCGGGAACCGGACCGGGAUCGUCGGGAUCGGAAUUUUCGGGAUUAUCGGGAUAAUCGGGAUCGAGGAGAGGGCCCAGAGCCCUCCAGGCUCAGCCGGGGAUGUUCCACGGCAUCGCGGGCCCGGCCGGGAUGGGCGCAGCGCCUGGGAAUAAACCGGAGCUUUACGAGGAGGUGAAGCUCUACAAGAACGCCCGGGAGAGGGAGAAGUACGACAACAUGGCCGAGCUGUUUGCGGUGGUGAAGACUCUGCAGGCUCUGGAGAAGGCGUACAUCAAAGACUGCGUCACCCCCAACGAGUACACGGCCGCCUGUUCCCGGUUGUUGGUGCAGUUCAAGGCUGCCCUCAAACAGGUGCAGGGAGCGGAGAUCGCGUCCAUCGAUGAGUUCUGCCGGAAAUUCCGGCUGGAUUGUCCCCUGGCCAUGGAGCGGAUCCGCGAGGAUCGACCCAUCACCAUCAAGGACGACAAAGGGAACCUGAAUCGCUGCAUCGCCGACAUCGUCUCCCUUUUCAUCACGGUCAUGGACAAACUGCGCCUGGAGAUCCGCGCCAUGGACGAGAUCCAGCCGGAUUUGCGGGAGCUGAUGGAGACGAUGACCCGGAUGAGCUCCCUGCCCCCGGAUUUCGAGGGACGCCAGAAGGUGAAUCAAUGGCUGCAGACGCUGAGCGCGAUGUCGGCCUCGGACGAGCUCGACGAUUCCCAGGUCCGGCAGAUGCUCUUCGACCUCGAGGCCGCCUACAACGCCUUCAAUCGCUUCCUGCACGCCUGACCAGUCCAAACCAGUCCAAACCAGUCCAAACCAGUUCAGAGCAGUUCAAACCGGAGCCAGCGGAAAUGCGGGAUAAUAAACGGAGCCCAAAAAUCCCCCGAA